AUGAUUUCGCGAAGUCAAUGCUACAAAUGGUUUCAACGCUUUGAAAAUGGAAAUGAGAGCUUAGAAGACGAAGAACACCGACGUCGUCCUCAAGUGGUAGACGACGAAUUACUGAAGAAGGCGAUAGAGUCUGAUCCGACACAAACUACAAAAAAACUUACCCUAGAGCUCGGAUGUUCGAAUUCGACAAUUGACGAGCAUUUACAUACAAUCGGGAAGAUAAAUCGGAGUCUAGACGCACUUGACAACGGUGAAAAGGCGCAACUCUCCGAGAAGUCCAGUAAUAUGAGACGGAACAUUCACAACCAGUGGGCAGAAUUUCUACGAAAACAUGGCACUACCGCUUGUAUACACAUAACAUACCUGGCCCCCUCUUCCUUGACUAUUUCAUCCUAUAAUGGCGAACAUUCCACUCAUAUUCGACACGUACUCCUUUACGAGUUCGAAUCUGGCCACACCUCAGCUGAAGCCCAUCGAAAGCUAAGUCAGGUAUUCGGCACUGAAACCCCUUCUGAGCGGUCUGUGCGCGCCUGGUUCCAGCGCUUCAAAGCCGGAAACAAGAAACUCAAAGAUGAGCCUCGUUCUAGUCGACCGACAGUCGAGUCGGUCGACCAAUAUCGUGAGCAAUGGACUGCAAACUCUCGGAAUGGUGGAAAAGCUCGGUCAAUGGCUCCCACAUGCAGCGACGGUAACCGCAAAGGACUCCUGGACAUCUGCACUCAGCUGCUCUCUAGAAGCCGCAGAUUCGACUGGCUGGACACCAUUGUCACUGGAGAUGAAAAAUGGGUCCUCUACGUCAACCACAUCCCACAAACGUGCGCUGGCGAUGAAAUGCCGUAUCCUUUCGUGAAAGGUGAAAUCCAUGAGAAGAAGGUCAUGCUUAGCGUCUGGUGGAGUUCAUGGAAUCUAACGUUUCGAACUGCUGCCGGACAACACGACAGCUACUGCGGAGGUCUAGUGCGCUCAACUGCAAAGACUGGCCGACAAGAUCCACAAGGAGCACCCAAAGCUCGGCAACGUUCGCCUGCUGCACGAUAG